AUGCCAAGUAAUGUGGAACUUCGUGAAAUAGCAACAAAUGCGGCAACUCUCUUGCAAGGAUAUAUGGACGAUUCUGAUGGGUGGCAUACUGCAAAGAAAACGGUAAGAUACUACUAUGGAUAUAGGGGGCAGUCAGAAUACAACUGUUCAAAAGAGAUCAUCUUUAAAUAUAUUGACCCCAAUGAAGGUGAAGAAUGUCUGAGAGUGAAGUGGGACAAGGAUAUCAAGAAUCUCAAGCUUUUGAAGCAGAUUGAUCCAGAUCUUCGAAUUAUGAUUUCGUCUACAAACAGUGCUGCUAAAGGACUGAUCGCCCCAAGAGAUUUUGUUGAUGUAAUUUUAACUUUGAAGACAGAGACCUGUAUAUCAACAAAUGGUGUUAGUAUUGAAACAGAUGAGUACCCUCCAGAUGGCAAAUUUGUUCGAGGCUUCAAUCAUCCAUGUGGCAUGAAGUGUUUGUCUCACCCAGACCAAACGAAUCACACCCGACUUGUGACUUUCAUUCAAACAGACAUCAAAGGCUUGCUGCCAAGGUCAUUAGUCGAUGCGGCGAUUCCUUCAUCUAUGGCAGGUUUUUUCAACAAUCUCAGAGCAAUUCUUAAAAAGGAUGGACAUUUGUCAGCUUGA